AUGGCAGCAUCCCACACGCCAGUAGAAAGGAUGGCGUCGAGGUGCACGCCGACGACGGCGAGGGCGACGCUCGCGUUCGAGGUCGCUGGGUACAGCCUGCAUAAGGGCAUGGACAAAGGUGAAUACAUACUGUCAACUCCCUUCUCCGUUGGCGGGUACCGCUGGUGCAUCGGUUACUGUCCUGACGGAAGUGAUGAAAUCAAUGAAUACCUACUAUUCAUCCUCGUGUUCCUGAACAAGGAAACUGAAUCGAGGGCGCUCUACGACUUGAGAUUGGUCAACAAGGCCAGCGGCCUGUUGGCAUCGGUAGGCUCCUGCUUGAAAUCACCCAGGGUGUUUAGUCAUCUCGACGGCCUUAAGAAGUCUUUUGCCACGGGGUUCAUGAAGAAAAGCGAGCUGGAUGGGUCUGGGCUACUGCAGGAUGACCGCCUCAUGAUUGAGUGCGACCUCACUGUGAUCAAGGAGCCACUCGUUGAAGAAAUUGCCGAGGUCCAGAUGCCACCAUCAAACUUGUCUAGCAACCUCGGAAAUCUGCUAACGACAGGGGAGGAAGAAGCAGAUGUGACGUUCCAGGUUGAAGGGGAGGAUUUCUCCGCGCACAAGAUUGUGCUUGCUAUGCAGUCGCCGGUCUUCAAGGCAGAACUCUACGGACCCAUGAAAGGCAAGACGACACGGAAAAUAACCGUCCAAGAUAUGCAGCCUCCUGUUUUCAGUGCGUUGCUUCACUUCAUCUACACGGAUGCGUUGCCUUCCAUGGAAGAUCUUGAUGAUGAUGAGAGGAAAGAAAUGGUUAAGCACUUGCUAGUCGCCGCAGACCGGUAUGCAGUUGAAAGGUUGAAGAUGAUAUGUGAAGGCGUUCUCUGCAGAAGUCUUGAUGUCGAAUCUGUUGCUACCAUGUUAGCUCUAGCUGAUCAGCACCAAUGCAGCAGGCUCAGAGAUGCGUGUGUUCUGUUUCUCAAGUCUUCAGAUAGAAUGGAUAGUGUGGUUGCAAGCCCGGGAUAUGUGCACUUGAAAGAAUCAAGCCCUGCUGUCUUAGGGGAUAUCUUGGAGAGACUAGCACUGUCUCGCAGAAUUUAG